CUCGCUAUCUACCUCAUUUGCAAUAUGCCCCGGUCACCCGAUAAAGCACCCUGAAUCUACCAGCCUGUGGGGAGGACCGACCAUGUCUAUAUUUCACUAGCCACUGAAACCCCAACAAACCGAUCGCAUCAUGAGCAGGGACCCCGUCCGGCGCAUAUACUUUGGUGACUGGGUAACGGACUUCCUACAACAUAUCCUCAACCAGGAUGCGCCUUCAACUUUGCUACUUGUAUGUUCGACUAGGGAGCUAUUUCUAGAACAAUUAUACGCUGCUUCGCAUAGACAACCAGGAGUGGCUGCCGAACGCCAUCAAAUAUUUACAAAAACCAUUGGAUUGCUUUCUCAGUCAAGAAGAAUAAAAUUAGCCUUCUGUCCAACCUUGGAGCAUCUUCGAGCUUACUUGUCAGUGAUACAGUCGCCGAAGAGCCUCCAGAAUGUGUCAGAUGAACGAAGGCAGACAAGACGGCCUUUGAUGGCGAUUCUUGACCCUCUAGCUUUACAUAUUCCUACCUCGGAAUUUUCCGCCCAAGGUCUGUCCAGAACGUUUGCCAUUGCGGUGGAGGUAGCCUCUCGAGCGGAAAUGGAUCUCGUGCUUUGCGAAUGUGGAAAUGUUGCAGAUCCUGCGGACAGUGGACGGGGCGAGGUGUUAUGGUACACACAAGUGCCCCUCUUGAACAGCUCCAUACGAAUUGGCGAGGAAAGCACCUCCUUUCGGAGAGGUGUGCCUGUGAAAAGGGUUAUGCAACGAUGGUUCGACUUCAACGCAAAUGACCAUCCGGUCACAGACACCAGGGAUGUCUGACUGGUCCUCGGUGAUCAAUAGGCCUUGACUGAACUAAAACCAGCCGAGCAUAUAUGUACUGUAACUAUCCACAAUGUAAACCCCAUAAUCAACC